AUGGGGGAGGUGGUUCCCAGGAGGAGGAGGAAGCAGCGAGGCGGAGCCUGCAAGCCAAGGUCCCCUCUUUGGGGAAGUCACCGUCCCAGGUGUCCCUGUGGGCGUUGGGGGGCGGAGGAAAAGAGGAGAAGGGCCCGCGGCGCCAUUAUCUCCGAGGAGGGCGGGACACACCUGGUCUCCGCCACACACCUAGGAGCUAGGAGGGCCCGGAGGGACUGCACUGUCAGCGCUGUUGGAAGUGGGGGCGGUGCUAUAGUGAGCCCGGAGGGAAGCCAAAGGCCUGGGAGGACCUGCCCCGGGGCGGAGCGGGCAGCGGGUGGUGGCCGGGGACGGGUCGGGACUGUACUGGAGGCCGGGGCGCAGGACGUAGCUGGACUGGACUCGGCUAUGGCUGCGCUCCCCGCGGCGGGAGCCCGGAGGCUGGGCGCGCUGCUGCUCCUGUCUUCCCGCCACACCCAGGCUCCGAGCUUCCUAAAGGCGAGUUUCUGGAGCCAGGGCUGCCAAACACCUGGGGCUUCGGACAGAAGAACUUAUAAACAAGUAAACAUAUCUUUUAUUUUACAGAUCUGCUUUCACUUUGGAAAUGGACUUUAUUUAAAGGUUUUACAUACAGAUAAUGAAAAUGAUCAGAUCACUCCAAGAGGGUACUUAAUCCGACAAAAGCGGGAGUGGAUCACUGCUCCUGUAGCCCUUAGGGAAGGGGAGGACCUCUCAAAGAAGAAUCCAAUUGCCAGAAUACACUCUGAUAUUGCCCAUGAACAAAACCUAAAAGUUACAUAUCGUUACACUGGACAAGGGAUUACAGAAGCACCUUUUGGUGUAUUUGUCUUUGAUAGAAUUACUGGUGAACUGAAUGUUACUAAGAUUCUUGACCGAGAAGAAGUUCCAAUGUAUAACCUAACAGGCUAUGCUUUGGAUGAGAGGGGAAACAACCUGGAAAAGCCACUGGACUUGAGAAUUAAAGUUCUUGAUAUAAAUGACAAUGAGCCCGUGUUCACCCAAGAUGUCUUUGUUGGGUCUGUUGAAGAACUAAGCUCAACAAAUACACUUGUGAUGAAAAUUAGUGCAACAGAUGCUGAUGAGGAAAAUCAUGUCAAUUCCCAAGUUUCUUAUAAGAUUGUGUCUCAGGAACCAGCCCAGCCUUUUGUCUUCUUCCUUGAUAAAGACAAAGGAGAGAUUCUAACAACAGCAUUUAUUCUGGAUAGAGAGAAACAGAGCCACUACAGUCUGAUUGUUGAAGCAAGUGAUAGAAAUGGACAAAAAACAGAUAAGCCAGCCAGUCAAGCCAAAGUACAAAUUAACAUUUUAGAUGUCAAUGAUAACAUACCUGUGGCUGAAUUUGAGAUGUAUGAGAAUACAAUUGAAGAAAAUCAAGCAAAUGUGGAAGUCAUGCGGAUAAAAGUAACUGACUUGGAUGAAGUAGGCUCAGAUAACUGGCUGGCAAAUUUUACAUUUAUUUCAGGAAAUGAAGAAGGUUAUUUCCGUGUAGAAACAGAUAAUAAAACAAAUGAAGGAAUUGUGACUCUUGUUAAGGAAUUGGAUUAUGAAGUUCUGAAGAGUCUUGACUUGAAGUUCAUUGUCACCAACAAAGCACCAUUUCACAAAUCAAUUAAAAAUAAGUUCAAAGCAAAAUCCGUUCCUCUCAAGAUCAAAGUGAAAAAUGUAGUGGAAGGUGUUUAUUUUCGAAGCAAAUCAAUCAGGAUCGAAACUAGUGAACAAAUGGAAAGGUCGGAAAUAGGUAGAACUAUUGGAAAAUUUCAAGCCUAUGAUCAGGACACUGGGCAGAUAGCCCAUGUAACGUAUGCCAAAGGAGAAGAUGUUGACAAUUGGAUCACAGUGGAUUCUGUCACGUCUGAAAUCAAACUUGCUAAAAUUCCUGAUUAUGAAUCUAAAUAUGUCGUUAAUGGUACUUACAUUGCAAAGAUCCUGGCUAUCACUAAAGACAUUCCUAGCAAAACAGUCACUGGUACCAUUGAAAUCAUGGUAAAAGAUAUUAAUGAUAACUGUCCAGAACUUGUAAAUCCAGUACAAACUAUCUGUGAUGAUUCAACAUAUGUGAAUGUUACUGCCAGGGACCUGGAUGGUUAUCCGUAUAGUGCCCCUUUCAGCUUUGCGGUCAUUGACAAACCAGCUGGAAUGGCAGAGAAUUGGUACUUUGGACACCAACAAAGUACAAGCGCAUGGUUAAUACCCAAAGAAUUAAAAGUAGGUAGAAGUGAAGUCCACCUGUCAGUGAGUGACAACCAAGGUUUAAGCUGCCCUGAAAAACAGAUCCUAAAGUUGACAGUCUGUAACUGUGUGAGUGGUAGUGGCUGUGCUGAACCCCUUUUUGAACCCUAUGUGGGGCUGGGGUCUGGAGCAAUUGGGCUCAUGAUUUUCGCACUGCUUCUGUUGCUACUUUUACCCCUUUUACUGCUUCUGUGCCACUGUGGUGGUGGAGGAGGAGGAGGAGCCCAUGGCUUCACAGCCAUACCUGGUACUGUAGAGAUGCUGCAUCCGUGGAACAAUGAAGGGGCACCACCUGAAGACAAGGUAGUGACACCUCUCCUGGCCACAGAUGCCGGAGUAAAUUUUGGAGCAACCCCUGGAGGAUUAACUAGAGUAGGAAUUAUAAGCAAUGAAUCAACCAAGAGGGAAAGUAGCUCAGGCCAUCAUACUAUGACUGUGAUAGAUGGAGGAUGGGAAGAACAUAGAAACCUUCUGACUAGUGGAAUUACAAGAACUGUUGGGUCAGCUGGAGCCAUGAGUGGUGCCACAACGAUGGGGGUAGCUGGAGCCAUGAGUGGUGCCACAGUGAUGGGGGCAGCUGGAGCCAUGAGUGGUGCCACAGUGUUGGGGGCAGCUGGAGCCAUGGGAACAGCUGGAGCCACGGGGGCAGCUGGAGCCAGGACAACCACUGUGGCACUGAAUGAAGAAUAUCUGAAAAGCUACUUUAGUGAUAAAGCUGCUUCCUAUGUUGACAAUGACGAGCUUCAAGCAGCAAAAGACUGUCUUCUAGUUUAUUCUCAGGAAGAUUCACAGUCUCUUCAUGGCUCUAUCGGCUGUUGCAGCUUCAUCGAGGGUGACUGGGAUGACCGUUACCUGGAUGAUUUGGGAAUCAAAUUCAAAAUGCUAGCAGAAAUCUGUACGGGACAAAAGAUAGAGACAGAUAGCGAGCCCAGCCCAGGGCCCAAACUUCCCACCAAAGCCAGUACGAGUACCGCUUCCCAUUCCGUUUAUGAGCAGAAUACUCUUCAGACAGAAAAGUCCCACUCCUCCUCGUCCGGCAUCAGCUUCCAGGCUCCGAAGCCUCUGAGUGAGUCAGCCUCAGAGACCACAACUCAGGAAGUAGUCACUGAGCGAUCCUUAUCUUCCAGGCAGGGGCUGAAGGUGGUGAGACCCGGCCCGGAUCUGCUGCCUCCUGGGAAUAUCGUCAUCACAGAAACAUCCUAUGCCACAGGCUCCCCGUUACCCCCCAGCACUCUGAUCCUCAAUUCCAGGCCCCCGCAGAGCCUCGUGGUGACCGAGAGGGUAUACGCUCCCACCUCCGCUUUGGUCGACCAGCCGCUCGUCCGGCAGCGCGAGGAACAAAGCAAUAUGGUGGUCACUGAGAGGGUAUACGCCCCCGCCUCCGCUUUGGUAGAACAGCAGCUCCUCCAGCAGCGCAAAGACCAAAGCAAUAUGGUGGUCACUGAGCACGUGCUCCGGCCUCAGGGCAACAUGGCUGGUAGCCUAGGAAACAUUUCAGAUCUUCCGGAUUCGAGCUAUGUUAUGGUAAGGGAGAGAGAGAGCUUCCUGGCCCCGAGCUCGGGCCUACAGACCGUGAUGGUGACGGAAGGAGGGCUGGAGCCUGCCUCUAACCUACAGACCUCAAAGAUGGCCUCCCUACAGAAUUCAGAUUUACAGGAAUCUCUUCCAUCUCAUUCUACCAUGACUGCGUCUUCCACCAGAAUCACCAAGCACAGCACCAUCCAGCAUUCUUAUUCAUAA